AUUAGAUCUAAUCGGUUCCCUAGCUCCUUGUGGAUUUGAUCCCUAAGUACUAUAACUCGACCUCUUUUGAGGAGAGUAACACUCUUUAGGGUAAUUUGAGUGAUAUCAUAGAGCUAAACUUCCAUAAUGGGAGUUCUAUUUACUGAGUCAGUGGUUUGUGGUUUAGCAUCUCAUACCUCACGGAGUAACUCCUCUGUUACUCACUCCUCCUUCUUUCCCAUUUCAGCUGAGACUGACGAGCAGCAGUGAUUGCUAUCGGAUUGGUGCUUUGGACGUUUUCUUUAUUUCUUUUUCAGACUUGCGGUUUCUUUACUUUUAUCGAUAUUUCAGGAUUUAUCUCUUUUAUUGUAUUUAUGUUUAUUUAUUAGAUUUAUGACUUUCGAGUUUACAUUUGAAGAGUAGUAAAUAGAGAUUUCAUAUUUUUUAUUUGUUUAUUUUAUUUUGAAAUAUUGGAUAUUACAACAAUAUGAAUAUUUUCUCAAGCGUGGCUCCAGCUACAAUGUCACCAAAUUUAUAUUGUCCCUAAGAAUAAAGACAUUCACAAAUAUAGUAAUUGCUUCAAUAGCAACUCUGUAUUGUCGGAUAUCAAAGGUUAAGCUGUCCAUAUGAGUCAGGAGUGUUCAGAUUCCAUUAAUUUAAAGAUUUUAAGCCACAUGAAGGGUGAUUUAUUUAGUAACUCCAACGUUAUAUUGGUUAGUUAAGCCUUACUGUUGGGAUCCAAACUGGUCCAACACUAAAAUUCGUACACGAAACGGAGCCCUAAAUGUUGAGAUCAAAAUUAUUUAUAUGCCGCUUCAGUUUAAACGAUGAUACAUGAAAAUAAGCUUCCUAUAACUCUAAUCUUACAAAAAAUUCCUCACAAACAAGAAUUAUACGGAAAUCUUACUUAAAAAGGAUUUAAACGAGAACACCAUUUCAAAUCGACAAUAUCUUACAAACCUCUGAAUCCUUCUUCUUUCUGAAAUAACAUUAUCCAAGCUUAUCAAAUUCCUAACUAAAUGAUGAAUAAAAAAAAAAUUUAUCUUUCUCAAGGAAUUUUUUUUUUUGACUUUUUCUUUGUUUUUUUGUUUAAUUUUAAAUGACGAAAUUGGAACUAAAGCUAUUACAGUUUUUUUUUUGCAACAAACGAUUAUUUUAUUGUUGAAAUUCGAAGUGAUAAAGUUACAACCGACUAUUUUAUUUAAAACUAUAAUCGUAUUUCACAAAUAUAGUAAUUGCUUCAAUAGCAACUCUGUAUUGUCGGAUAUCAAAGGUUUCAGCUGUCCAUGAAAUCAGGAAUGUAAAGAUUCCAUUAAUUUAAAAAUUAUAAGCUACAUGAAGUGUGAUUUAUACAGUAACUACAAGGUUCUACUGGUUAGUUAAGUCUUAUUUUUGGGAUCAGAAUUGGUCAAACACUAAAAUUUGUACACGUGAGCCUUAUUUUAUUUUUUUUGUCAACUGAUUUUCAUUAAAGCCCAUUGGGCUAGUAUAAGGGAUAAGUACAAAAUCAUUCAGUCCAUACACGUAAGAUACAAUAGACUGAUUUAAACAUACGUGUAAGGAUUAGAAAAGUCUAAAGCUACAUGGCAUCUUCUGAAAAAAGUGAACCGCUUCGUGGAACCUCCGCCGCCGAGAGAACUCCGGCCACCUCCUCCGAACAUCAUCUCCAGAGACUCUUUCCAAUCCAACACAAGAUAGACCUUGCACUUGAAUCCCUUCUUCACUCGUUUAUUAAUGUCACCGAAGUGCCAUAGGAUUCCAAACUUUGCAAGACUGAUGAACCCAAGAUCUGAUGGAGGCACGAGAGAGCAGAAAUAUUUUGAGACGUCUUCGAAGAAGACCCCAAUUCUUCUUUUCUGAUCUAGAACCCCCUUCAAUCUCCAACAUCUCGAUUCACUCUAAAUAGGAACUUACACUUUUCCCCGAUUUUAUUCAUCGGCAAGUGAAGAUUUAUCCUCUUUAACGAGUAAAAUCCAGCAUAAUCAAGCAAGUUGUAAACUUUAUAGCCUCCGGUUUGAAGAUGAAGAUCACGCAAAGAGAGGAAAACUUCGAGAUCGGAGAUUAUUAACUUCAAUUGAAUCGGAGAUUUCAUAGAGAAUGAAGAACAACACCGAUUCAGAUUGAAAAGCACACCAAAAAUCGCCGAGCGAAAACAUAUCGCCAACGCGAAAAACGGAAAAGAUAAUUUGAUCUAUAGAUCGAACCGAUUUCACAAAGCAAAAAGAUAAAAGGAAGCUAAUCUCAUUCCUCUCUGUGAAAGAUAGAAGUGUGAGAACAACAAUUUAAACAACUAUACAUGAGAAUAAGCUUCAUAUAACUUUAAUCUAACAAAACAAUUCCUCAAAAACAAGAAUUAUUCGGAAAUCUUACUUCAGAAGGAUUUAACGAGAACAUCCCUUAUAAUCGACAAUAUCUUACGAACCUCUGAAUCUUUCUUCUUUCUAAAAUAACACUAUCCAAGCUUGUCAAAUCCUAACUAAAUGAUGAAUAAAAUCAAAUUCUGACUUUUUCUUUGUUUUUUUUGUUUAAUUUUAAAUAAAUAAAUUGGAACUAAAACUCUUUUUUUGCAACAAUCGACUAAAUAAACGACUAUUUUAUUACUCAAACUUGAGGUGAUCCAGAUAAUUAGAACGGAAUAGAACAACCAGUAUAACAAAAAUCAACUAAAGCUUUUAUCUUUAAUGAAGCAAAUUUUGUAUUUUGUAUUUCGUAUAAACUCAACAAUCAGUUGUUUUAUUUCUCCACCAGAUAACUCAAAGUCUUAGAAGAUCUCAGAAGUUGUUUUAUUUCUAAACAUGUAGCACAAGAUGCAAAAACAAUAUAUUUUUCUUUUUGAAUAAAUUUAAGGGCUUAUUUGUCCACUAGCCAUAUUUCGGUAACAAAUUAAGAAUAUUGCGUUGAUUUUGACGUUAUUAGAUCUCAUAGCAUUUAGGUAAUAUUUUUCCCGUUUUGUCUUUUUUUUGAACCGGUUGCCAGUAAAAUUAUUUCUUCCUCCAGUCAUCCCAAUUUAUCUUAGAAUAAAACGACGUUGAUGAUUAUUGCGGCAGUAGUGGCUAUCGCGCCGCUGGCGGUGGUGGUGAUUACAAACAUGGUGGCUACAAUAGAAGUAAUUAAGGAUGAAACAGAGCUCGUCAAAUCUAAAACAAGCAGAAGAAGAUAAACAAUAAAUAGAAUAAAACAUUUUAAAUAGUAUAGUUCAUAUUAAUAAAAUUAUAAAUAGUUUAAUAAUAGUGGAGGUAAUGUUUACCAAAACAUCUACCCAAAUCUUUCAUAAACUAAAUCUAAAACACUAAUCAUUAAAUCUUAAAAAGAAAUAUAAACUUUAAUCUAAAUUUUAAAUCUGUAUAUAGUGCAUAAUAUGAAAUAUUGUCAAAAUAGAAUAAUAACAAAAGAAAUAGCAUAGUACAUAGUAACAAAUGAAAUAGUAAUAUUAAUCACUAAACUUUAAAAAGAAAUAUAAACCCAAAAAACACUAAUCAUUAAACCCCAAAAAGAAAUAUAAACCUUAACACAAAUAUCAAAUCUGCACAUAAUACAUAAUAUGAAUCAUUAUCAAAAUAGAGUAGUAACAAACCAAAUAGUAAAGAAGGUAAUGAUUACCCUAAAGUUAACCCAAACCUUCCAUAAACUAAAUCUAAAACACUAGUCACUAAACCCUAAAAAAAGUAAAGCCAAGACCCUAAUCACUAAACCCUAAAAAGAAAUAUAAACUCUACACCAAAUAUCAAAUUUUCACAUGGUAUAUAAUGUGAAGCAUUAUCAAAAUAGAAUAGUAACAAACAAAAUAUCAUAGUAUAUAUAUUAUUAUUAAUGUUCAAAUUUUGACAUAUAUAUAUGAUUGCAGGGAAAAUGAUUAUCCCAAAGUCAACUCAAAUCUUCUAUAAACUAAACUCAAAACACAAAUCACUAAAUCCUAAAAAAAAAUAUAAACCCUACUCCAAAUAUCAAAAUAUGGACGCAUUAUAUAAUAUGAAACAUUAUUGAAAUAUAAUAGUAACAAACGAAAUAACAUAGUAUAUAUUGUUUAAAUAGUAUAUAGUACAACCUGAAACUUAUAUGAUAAAUGAAAACGCUUCAACCAUAUCGUGAUCUGUAAAAUUCAGAAGCUUAUAUGAUUUAUGUAGCAGAUAUUAUAGAUUUGGAGAUGCUUAUGGUGACUAUAGAGUUAGUGAUGACGGAAGAAAGUGAUGGAGAUGGAAGAAGAGUGUGGUAGUUGAUAAUCGAAGAAGAAGAAAAAGAAAAAGUAGUUUCUCUUUCAUUAACCGGAAGAGUAAAGGUAAUAUAGUAUAUAAUACAGAAAUAAUGGAAGUGUUUUUUUUUGUUAGAUAUUUAAUUAUGGUUUAUUUCGUAGCUAUAUAACCUAAUUCCCCUAAAUUUAACGUAUAUUCAAAAAAAAUGUAAAAGGUACGGUCCUUACGUAUUCGAAGUAGAAUACGUUCUAUGUUAUUUUGUGAAAAUAAAAGAUAUAAAAUAAAUAAGAAGAGAAUUGGUCAAACCAAUUAAUCUUGCUUAAUUAGAUUUUUUCUGUUAUUAUUUUUCGUUUUUGGAUUUCCUUAUGGUCGUUGCUUAAGUACUUUGACCAGAUGUCGACUCAACAAAACGUGAUGGAUGGAGGAGAUUUAUAGAUUGGAGACGCCUUUAGAAAAUGGAGUAUAAAAACAAAAGAUAGUUCUAGUCUCCUUGAUUAAAUUCCAUAAUCACGAGCAUCCCCACAAAGAUGAUAAACCUUCAAAGACUUUUCCACUCUCUUCUUCACACCAUAAAUUGUAUACAUCAUUCUACUAUUUCAACAAACUAAAAAAAUAUCUAAAAACAACAAACAAUAAAAUACAAAGUAGAGUCAAGAAGAAGCCAUGUUCUUCAAGCUCCUCACCAUCUUCUUCUUCAGCCUCCUCUUUCAAUCCUCGUCUAAAACACUCAACUUCACUUACGAUGGCUUUCCUCAACGGAGCUACAUAUCCAUUCAAGGGAUCGCUGCUGUCACACCCAACGGUCUGUUGAGGCUAACCAAUACGACCGUUCAGCAAACAGGUCACGCCUUCUAUAACAAAUCAAUCCGGUUAAAGAAUUCGCCAAACGGCACCGUUUCAUCCUUCUCCACAACCUUCGUCUUCGCAAUUCACCCUCGUAUCCCAGGAUUAAGCGGCCAUGGCAUUGCUUUCGUCAUCGCUCCUAACACACGUCUCCCUUACGCAACGCCAAGCCAAUACAUGGGUCUCUUCAACAUCACAAGCAACGGUAAUAAAACGAAUCAUGUGUUCGCUAUCGAAUUGGAUACUAUACGGAGUACAGAGUUCAAUGAUAUCAACGAUAACCAUGUCGGAAUUGAUAUCAAUAGUUUGACGUCGGUGAAAAGUUCACCAGCUGGAUGGUGGGACAAGAAAGGCCAGUUCAAUAACCUUACUUUGAUUGGUAGUAAACCGAUGCAGGUUUGGAUCGAUUACAAUGGUCGUACACAUAAAAUCAAUGUGAUGAUGGGUCCACUGAACGAGGAGAAACCUAAAAAACCGCUUGUUUCCGUUGUCAGAGAUCUUUCUUUUGUUAUUCUCCAAGAUAUGUUCGUGGGUUUCUCCUCCGCCACUGGUACUGUUCCCGCGGAACACUACGUUCUUGGGUGGAGCUUCGGGGUCAACCGCGAGGCUCCACCAUUGGAUUUAUCAAAACUCCCGAAGCUUCCUCUGCUCCAUCCCACGAGAAUCUCGUAUUUUUGCAGGUUCGGGAUACCGUCCAUUUCCAUCAUUUUGAUUUUCUCGUGUAUCUUCCUUGUCUGGUUUAUCGCAAGGAGGAGAAGAAUGUUCCAAGAGGAGCUCGACGACUGGGAAACAGAGUUGGGGAACAACAGAUUAAGGUUCAAAGAUUUGUACUAUGCGACCAAAGGUUUCAAGGAGAAAGAUCUUCUUGGAUCUGGCGGGUUUGGAAGAGUUUACAAAGGUGUGAUGCUUGAGACGAAUUUGGAGAUUGCUGUGAAAAAAGUUUCGCAUGAUUCUCGACAAGGGCUUAAAGAAUUCGUGUCGGAGAUUGUGAGUAUUGGUCGGAUGAGACACCCGAAUUUAGUUCCUCUCUUGGGUUAUUGCCGCCGGAGAGGCGAACUUCUUCUGGUGUAUGAGUACAUGCCUAAUGGAAGCCUAGACAAGUACUUGUACAACACUCCGGAGGUAACACUUGAUUGGAAACAGAGGAGUAAAGUCAUUUUAGAUGUUGCCUCUGGAUUAUUCUACCUCCAUGAGGAUUGGGAACAAGUGGUGAUACAUAGAGACGUCAAAGCCAGCAAUGUCUUGUUAGAUGGAGAACUAAACGGGAGACUUGGCGAUUUUGGUUUGGCUCGGUCUUACGAUCACGGGGCUGAUCCUCAAACAACCAACGUCGUAGGGACAUUGGGAUACUUGGCCCCUGAACACACCCGAACUGGACGUGCCACUACCGCUACUGAUGUUUUUGCGUUUGGGGCGUUCUUACUAGAAGUCGUGUGUGGUAGACGUCCUAUUGAGAUCCAACAUGAGAGUGAUGAAGUUUUCUUGCUCGUGGAUUGGGUUUUCAGGUUAUGGAACAGCGGUAACAUCUUGGAUGCUGUAGAUCCGAAUAUCGGUUCCCAGUAUAACGAAAGAGAGGUCGAAAUGAUUUUAAAGAUUGGUCUGUUGUGCUCUCACUCUGACCCACGGGCUAGACCCAGUAUGAGACAAGUGCUACAUUAUCUAAGAGGAGAUGCAAAGCUAUCAGAUUUGUCUCCAUUGGAUUUGUCCAGGAGUGGGAUGAUGUUUGGGGUCCAAGACGGAUUUAGUGAACUAAGGAUGUUGUAUGCUUCCUCUGUCUGUAAAAGAUUUACUAGUGGAUCUUCCAUUGCUGAUUCUUUACUCUCCGGUGGGAGGUGAACGCUUUUAAAUAUUAGAUCGUUGGAAAUGCAAAUAUCCGUUGUCCAAAAAUGGGUGUACAGAACUGGUUGAAUCAAUAAAUCAAAGCUAUAAAUCUUUGCUUAGCCUC